AUGGCGGGCAGCAAGAUCUCCAAGCCCAAGGACGAUCCGACCAAAAAGAGAAAGAGAGACCUGAACGAAACCGACGCGCGAUCAAAGAGAUCAAGACAGCCGCAAGCAGAUUCUACGACCAACGGAGACGUUGAAUCUGAAAAACAUCAGAAUGGGGAGGAUAUUGUUAGCCGGUCUCACGACGGAGAAACUGGCUGGCGGCUCUCUAAGCCCAUGGGUGGUAGAAUGCUUGACAUUGAUCCGAUCCUAACUCAGGAUGACCAAUACCUAAUUUUGACCUACAACACCUCCGUUCAAGUAUACACAGCUAGCGACUCGCUUCUCCUGAGACGAAUUCCGAUAGGCGCUGUCGAUUCCUCCGCGCAAACAGACAACUCUCCUGCAAGCAUUGUUGCGACUCGGCUGUCUCUCCAGAACCCUGAAUACCUCUGGGUAGCUUGCUCAGAUGGUCACAUUUACUAUGUGAAAUGGAAAGAGACAAACGAGUCGCAUCAGUCUUUCCAGACUGUAACGGGAACUGCCAAAGCCAUCACCGUGACAACAACAAAUGGUGCGGGCGCAAAGGCUGAUAUCGUCGUGGUGGCGGAAUCGAAUAGCGCAAAUCGGAUGGAAUUGACUGCAUACGGAGGCGAUAUUCUGUCUUCCCCUCUAUCAAAGAACAUAUUGUCCGUCAAGAAGCCAGGCAAUGGACUGCACCUGAUUGAGUCCAGCCAAGACGGCCUGGUUUUGGUUGGCGCCUUCAACGAUACUCUAUUCCUUGGGGUGGCAUCACAGGAGCAGCCCGCUAGCUUCGAACAACUUCAGUACGACUUCUUUUCUUUCGACGUCCCCGAUCUCAUCACCACCCUCGACUUUAGAGUGUACUCAGCCUCAGCCCUCUCUGGCAACAAGAGCAAAGGACAGCGGGAUUCAGACAGAGUGGUGGAUGUUAUUGUCGGUGGAGCACGAGGAGCCAUCUAUCUGUACCACGAUGCCUUGUCUAGGAGUCAAGCCCUUGGUAAAUCCAACUCAGCUAAAGAUGGAAUUCAAGCGCAAAAGUUUCACUGGCACCGAAAGGCAGUCCAUGCCGUCAAAUGGUCUCGAGAUGGUAACUAUAUGAUCUCGGGAGGCUCUGAAAAUGUCCUUGUUAUGUGGCAGAUGGAUACCAGCAGAAGAAAUCACCUCCCCCAUUUAUCUGGCAGCAUAGAGAACAUUGUUGUAUCUUCCAGCGGGUCAUCCUAUGUCGUACACUUGGACGAUAACUCAACAAUGGUUCUAUCAACUGCUGAACUGAAGCCGACGACAUAUGUAUCUGGAAUCCAGUCCGCCGCUGUUGAGGCUACGACGCCCAAAGACUUGCUCGUACAGCGUGUCUGGUCAGUAGCGAACCAAGUACGACGGCCUAUACCUGCUGCAAUCAAGGCAACCGAGCCCUCCAAAUUCCACGUUUGCGUUGGCAAUGGCCGUCAGGCUACAAUGACGGGAGAAUUCUCAGCGCCGCUGUUGCAGACUUUUGAUCUUGAAACCUUUAUGAGUGUUUCUAAGCAGGCAUUGGCCCGCACGCAGCCCACCGAUGUGAACCUGACAAACAAGGGUUACGCCAUUGAAGAACCAGUCGUCACACAUAUCGCCUUUUCUGCGGACGGAAAAUGGUUGGCUAGUGUUGACGAUUGGGUUCCUUCAAGCAGGGAUGCUGGAACUGUCAGUGGCGACGCGGGAGACCAAUUCCUCAAAGAGAGACACGAAUCAUAUCUCAAGUUCUGGCAAGUUAAUGACGAGGACAGCUCGAUUGCUCUUGUAUCGAGAGUUAAUGCGCCACACGCAACAAGCCACCCAGAGACGGUUCUCGACCUUGCGUCAAACAAUGCCUCAGCGUGCUUUGCCACCAUUGCCGGAGAUGGUAUUGUUCGCCUAUGGCGGCCAAAGGCCCGCCCGCAACAAGGGCGAAGAUCAGAAGGCUCUACAGAAUUCACCUGGGUUUGCUCCCAAGUGGUUCCUAUUGGAGAUGGACUUGGUCGCAAUGCCAUUGCCGAUAUCCCUAAUGACGCCUCGGUUGCCAAGGCUCAAGGCCGCCUUGCUUUCUCAGAAGACGGUUCCACGCUGUUCGCAGCAUUCGGCGCACUUGACACGGGAGCCGUGUAUGUGAUCAACGCAUCCUCUGGCGAAGUCGUCAAGGUUCUGGAAGGACUUUGGAAGAGGCAGUUGCAUUCCCUGCGAGUUCUAUCACAGUAUCUAAUCGUGCUUUCCGCGGAGCUGCAUGUCUACGACGUUGUGGGCGAUGACUUACGGUAUGGAAUCGUCAUGCCCAAGGGCUCCAGAUCUGAUGAGCUGUUACAGCUGGCCGUUGACUCAGUGUCCGGUAACUUUGCCGUCACUCUCCCUGUCGGCGAAACUUCUAGCAUAGGAGUCUUCCACCCCAGCAACCCAGAGCCGCUCAUUGUUCGAAACACUCCUCACCGGGUAGUUAGCCUCGUUUCAGUGCCCGGCACCAGCGGAUUCGUCGCUCUAGACGACGUGGCUCAAGUCUGGACCAUCACCGAGGGUUCCAACGCCUCGACUAUUCUCGCCGCUCAGCCACUUCAAGAUUUGCGACUCGACGGUGUUUCUGAAGAAGCUGAAAAUGGCAAGCUCGAUAUCAUUCUUGGCGGAGAUGCUGAGAGCGACGAUGAGAUGGAAGAGGCUCAGAACGCAGACGAGGAUGUGGAGAUGGACGAUGACGAUGUCCAAGCCGACAUUAUCCCGCAGCAAUAUCUGGCAGACAUUUUCGAUGCUGCGCCAGCCUUUGCGGGAGCUUCUAUUGAAGACAUGUUUUACAAGGUGACUAGCCUUCUCGCUACUAAGCCGCUGUCAGCUGGUACUAUUCGUUUUAUCGAAGACGAGGUUCACAUCUUUUUGCCUCUUUUGCAAUCGUUUACCGGGAUCGGCCGGCACUACGGUGCGGGGGAGUGGAGAGAUGGGGAGAUAUGGCUUCCAAGGGCGUAUGGCGCCAUUGGCACCACCAUUGACGUCGCUAUAAAGGCUGGAUAUUUGAACCUGAUCCGUCAGCUCUCUUAUACAAAUCGAACUCAGCCUCGUCAUCAACCACGGAGCGUCAUGUCGUUCACAUCCAUCCCCGUUCUCGACCUGGACUUGUCCAGGAAUCCGGCCACCAAGCCGGAGUUCCUCGACCAGCUUCGCAAUGCGCUCAUGGAGGUGGGCUUCUUAUAUCUCAAGAAUGUAGGCAUUUCAGAUGAGCUAUGGGACGAAGUCAUCAAGGAGGGUAAAAGCUUCUUUGACAUUCCCCGAGAAGAAAAGCUCAAGAUUGAAAUGAAGAAUGCGCCAUCCUUUCUAGGCUACUCCCAGCUCUCUGCAGAAAUCACCGCCGGGGCCAUUGACAACAGAGAGCAGAUUGAUCUCUCAACCGAGCACGUCCUCCCAGGCCCAGACGCGCCGUCAUACUUCAACCUCCUCGGCCCCAACCAGUGGCCUUCCGAGGAGAGCGCGCCCAAGUUCCGCAGCACCUACACCGAGUAUAUGCGCCAGAUGGGCGAAAUCACAAUGUACUUCACCUCGCUGAUCGCCGAGGCCAUCAAGCUGCCGCGGGACGCCUUUGAGAAGUACGUCGAAGACGAUCCGCAGCACAAGCUCAAGAUCAUCAAGUACCCGGACCUGGCAGAGCUGGGGCUGCCCGCGGGCGUGCAGGGCCAGGGCGUAGGCCCUCACAAAGACAGCAUGCUGACAAGCUACUUGCUCCAAGCGACGAACCACCGCGGUCUGCAGGUCCAGAACGUCCAGGGCGAAUGGAUUGACGCCGCGCCUAUCGACAAGACGCUCGUCGUGGCCAUUGGCCAGGGCAUGGAGGCGCUGACUCAGGGCGUCUGCGUGUCGACGACCCAUCGCGUGCUAUCGCCCGAGUCCGGCACCGGCGCGCGCUUCAGCAUCCCGUUCUUCCAGGGCGUCAAGCUGGACGCCACCUUUGAGGAGCUCGAGCAGGUCGGCGUCGGCAGGGUGCCUGAGGACAUUCGGCGGCAGAGGCAGGCGAUUGUGGAGAAGAACGGCGGGCGCGUUGAUGAUGUUGAGUUUACGUUUCGCAGCGGCGCCGUGGCGAGCACACUUGGCGAGGCGACGCUGCGGAACAGGGUCAAGAGCCACCCAGAUGUGGGGGAGCGGUGGUAUCCGGAGAUUUUGAAGUCGAUUCGCGAGGAGCAGGCGGUGGCAGCGCAGAGGCAGAAGGAGGCGCUUCGUGAUGCGCCGAGGCUGGGGGCUAGUAAUGCGGCCGCUGCGGUUGAGGCGCAUUAG